CAUUAAUUACGUAAGCACUUCAGCGACUGAGUCUCUCUCAAAUAAGUAUUCAGGUGGAUUCUGUGCCUUUUCCCUCCCAAAAUAUGGAUCAUACAACCACAAAGGACGCAGAGAAGAACUGUGUGCUGUGCUGCCAAGACGUGGAAAUCUUCGCUUUAGGAAAAUGCGACCACCCGGUUUGUUACCGCUGCUCCACCAAGAUGAGGGUGCUGUGCGACCAGAAGUACUGCGCCGUCUGCCGGGAGGAGCUCGACAAGGUGGUGUUUGUGAAAAAGCUGGCAGCCUUUCAGUCUCUGCCCUUCCAGCAGUUCCCCUGUGACAAGAAGCAUGACAUCUACUUUGGUGAUGAGAAGAUCCACUCCCAGUACAGGCAUCUCCUGUUGGCAGAAUGUGUCCGCUGUUCAGAGCCGAAGAUCUUCUCCAGAUUUGAGGAGCUGGAGCAGCACAUGAGGAAGCAGCAUGAGCUCUUCUGUUGCAAACUCUGCUCGAAGCAUCUCAAGAUUUUCUCCCACGAGCGGAAGUGGUAUAAUCGUAAGGAGCUGGCACGCCACAGAGCACACGGAGACCCGGACGACACGAGUCACAGGGGACACCCGCUCUGCAAGUUCUGCGAUGACCGUUACCUCGAUAACGAUGAGCUGCUGAAGCACUUACGCAGGGACCACUACUUCUGCCAUUUCUGUGACGCGGAUGGUUCUCAGGAAUACUACAGUGAUUACCAGUAUCUCAGCGAGCACUUCAGAGAGAGUCACUAUCUGUGCGAGGAAGGUCGCUGCGCCAGCGAGCAGUUCACGCACGCAUUCCGCACUGAGAUCGACUACAAGGCCCACAAAGCUGCAGCGCACAGCAAGAACCGAGCGGAGGCUCGGCAGAACCGCCAGAUCGAUCUGCAGUUCAACUACGCCCCGAGACAACAGAGGAGAAACGAAGGAAUAGUGUCAGGCGAAGAUUAUGAAGAGGCCCGACACAGUCGAGGAGGAAGAGGAAGGCUUCAGGGGGGACAGAAGAGCUGGAGGUACUCUCGCGAGGAGGAGGACAGACAGAUGGAAGCGGCUUUCCGGGCCUCCAUGGCCACGCGCCGGCAGGAGGAGAGAGGAGCAGCGGCGCAGGAGAGGAGCGCUCCCAAACACUCCCGAGAGGAGAGGAUGGAGAGAGCCGAGCCCGAGGAGCCCCGACACCGAACUGGACACAUCAAACCACCAAUUAAACCUCCAGUGAGGACGAUGAAGAGCUCUAAUCCAGGGGAUGAAGAUGACUUCCCGGUUUUGGGAGCCGCAGCCGCUGCACCCAUCGUGAAGCCAGUCCCCGCGGCGGCGACAGCAGCUCUGAAGGAGGACGACUUCCCGAGCCUCUCGACCGCCGCGGUGUCGUCGCCCAUGACUCCGGCUUACUCCGCCCAACCCAGAAAGACGUCUUCCUUUCAGGAGGAGGAUUUCCCGGCCCUCGUCUCCAGGGUUCGGCCCGUGAAACCCGCCGCCGGCUCCAACUCUGCCUGGUCCAACCACACCGCCGCGGCCAAACCCGCCGCUCACCCGCCUCCCCCUUCCAGACCCAACCCUCCGCUGCCCUCCUCGUCCUCUGGCCCUCAGCCCCUCUCCUCCUCGAGCACCUCGUCGUCGAGGAGGAAAAAGAAGGUAGGGGACGCCGGGAAGGCAGCUUUGAGCCACUCUCCUCCUCCUUCAGACGACGAGAGCGGAGGCAUGACGCAGCAGGAGUUCCGCUCCGUGCCCACCAUGCUGGACAUCUCCUCUCUGCUCACCGUCAAAGGAGGCAACAGCAAAACUCCCGCGCCGUCGUCCAAAUCCUCCGCCGUGACGUCCGCCUCUCCCACUCCGGCGCCCUUCACAGACGUCCCCGCCUCCAAAGCCAGCAAGAAGAAGAAACAGAAGAACACAGCCGCUCCCUCCACAUCAGCGUCCACGCCCGCAGCGGCUGCGAACGCAGCGUCGGGGGAAACGGCGGCACAGAAGGAGAACGUCCCGGAGAAAACCUGGAACAAACCGCCCUCCGGCGCCGGCACGGCAGCUCUGACCAGCGGACUCACCAACGGCUACGAGGAGAAGCCGCCACCCGUGAACAAAGACAAAGCCGCGGCGCCGCCGAAUUCCAAAAAAGAACCCGACCUCGAACAAGAAGAAGAGUUUCCGGCUCUCAUGACCAAGAAACCCCCCCCAGGCUUCAAGAGCAGUUUUCCAAUGAAGGCCUCAGCUCCUGUCCCUUCAUCCACGAUGCCUCCUCCCCCACCUGGCCUGGGAAUGUCGGCCCCUAAACCUCCUCCAGGCUUCACCGGGAUCCCCCUCAACAGCAACGUGGUGGAGCCGGCCCCCACUGCCGUCACCCUGCCCUCCAAAGCGUCGAGCAGCGGUUACCUGGUGCCAGACGACUUCCAGCAGAGGAACCUGGAGCUGAUUCAGUCCAUCAGAAAGUAUCUGCACAACGACGAGUCCAAGUUCAACCAGUUUAAGAACUACUCUGCCCAGUUCAGACAGGGUGUGAUAUCAGCAGCUCAGUAUCACCGCAGCUGCAAGGACCUGCUGGGGGACGACUUCAACCGCAUCUUCAACGAGCUGCUGGUGCUCCUCCCGGACACGGGCAAGCAGCAGGAGCUGCUCAUCGCCCACGGGGACAGCAAGGCGCUGGAGCGGCAGUCGGGGGGCGGCGGAGGCAAAAAGAACAAGAACAAGAAGAACGCCUGGCAGACGCCCGCCGCGCCCGCCAGCGCCGCGGCCGAGCUGGACUGCCAGGUGUGCCCCACGUGCAGACAGGUGCUGGCCCCCAAAGACUUCAACUCCCACAAGACGCUGCACAUCACGGAGAGCGAGGAGUUCCCGUCCCUGCAGUCCAUCAGCCGUAUCAUCAGCUAGCCCCCCCUCCCUCCCCCUCCCCCCGGCGCUCCUCUGCUCCGUUUGCCGUUCGAAGGGUGAGUUUUCAUUUCCAAACCGUGAAGCCGCCACCGGGAAGGACGGCGUCGUGUCAGACCUCACCCCCGAGGAGUCUGCGAGCCUUCGGCUCAAAACAGGAAGUUGAUUUAUAAAAAUCUUUUCUGUCUGCUGAAGUUUUUCUUGGUACGUUUGUGUGAAGGUCAAACAGUUCAGACAGAGCUUUCCCAUCUGAAACGCUCCUUCAGUUCAUAUCCUUUGCAGACAUCUCCAGCUGGCACUGGCACAGGCGGUGUGUUAAUCUCGACUUUCUGUUUUGUUAUGAAAUGGAAGUGAACCGAGAUUUGGCCCGAUUUCAUUCAUUCAUUCAUUUUCUGUCAAACAAAUCUUGAUUUCCAUUUUUGCCUUGAUUUACUCUGACACAAAACAGUGUCUUGUUCACACGGAAGUCAACGUUUGCAUGAUUCUUUAGCAGGACUCGGGGCAGAGAAACACAAUAAAAAAAAAAAAGUUCAGUUCUACUCCUUAACGCCGUAUUUAUUGAAGUGAAGCUGUUGAUUUUGUUUGGAUCGUCCUUCACUUACCAAGUGCUGCUUGACGCAUGAGUGAACUGACUGAUAUCAGAUCUCAUCUUGCUGACAGUAAACUGCUUUCAGGAAUUUCUUUUUUGGAACAACUUGAAUGUCUUCUUCACCCUUCAGAAUUGUGCAAAGGUUUUAGGCAGGCGGUUCAGACGGCAGAGGGCGGCGACACAGCGUUGGUUGAAAUGAGAUUCCUUUUCUUUUAGUUCACUUUGUUGCUCAAUAGGAAGAGACUAACACCUUGAUUCUUGUCGUGAAAGCAUCUGUACAUAAACUCAUCUGCUGCCUAACUCGUUUGCACAACGUUGUCUCUGAACUGUUUCUAUCUUUAGUGGAAUAAGUAAAAGAAGAGUUUACACCACUGGUUGCUAAGAAAUUCCGUAAAUUCCCAUCACUAACUAUUAAAAAAAAAACCUCAAUAAUAUAUCACCAUUUUUUUCUUUUUUAAUUUAAGCAAUUAAGGAGUAGUGGCAGGACAGUGAGGGAAACUAGUAAGCGUUUGUUUUUAAGCAUAGCCAGGACAAAGCAGCGCACGUUAAGGUUAGUGUAACUUGACCAUUCGCCCACUCGGACUACAUAACUCGACCCGGCUGCCGCCGCCAUGUAAGUGCAUAUAGAUCUAUUGCAGAGCAAGCGUUCGCACUGAUAGAUCGUGUGGAAAAAGCAAGGCGGAGGUGUGGCGUCGCUCUGGCGUCGCUCUGGAGCCGCAGGACUUCACUUGUAGGGAAACUCGAUGCCAGCAGUUCAACUUCACGAGCAACGCAUUCAGUUCUCAUCUUUUCUCUCAGGACCCUUAACUUGCACUGCGGCCCGCCUGGGUGUGCGUCUGUCCUGUUGUGUGUUUGUGCGAGUGUGUUCGUUCGUGCGUGUGUGUGUGUGAAUGAACCUGUCGAUAGUUUCUUUGUACGCCACACUGCAGCUCACCCUGUUUUCUGUCUGCCUUCAAUAAAGCUGUUUUUGUCAGCACUGUAUGUCUUUUUGGUGUGUGUGUGUGUGUGUGUGUGUGUGAAUGUGCUUCAAUGUGUUACUUUAUUUAAGCGUCCAAGUGCCGAUCAGAUUGGUCAGCUCAGAAAGGGUUGUGUCUUUGUCUAUUUGUCUUCCAUUUCAUGUUGUCCUGCUUGGAGACAUCGAUCGAAGGCAGUUUACAACCCGGACAGAUCAACACGAAGCGUAUCUUCUUUCUCCAGCAAUGAGAGCACAGUGUCAGUGACUGAGGAGGCAGAAGGCCUCAACACUCGCCAGAUUUCAUCCAAUCUGCAGCGAAUGUGUGGCGCUGAAUGAAAACAACCUGAUACUGGAGAGGCAUGCGGAACGUGUUCCUCAGUGUGUGGAUAUCAGAAUGUUCUUGUGACUGCAGCAGGAGUGUGUGGAUGGAUGGCUGUCUGUGUGUGUUGGACUUAUACUUGCUUGGAAAAGUAACCUGCCCAAGGUUGUAAUUUUUAGUCGAAGUCAGCCUGGUUUGGAUGGAGAACGCAUGUUGAGGAAACUCUACAAAGUUUGAUUACUUCACAAAAGUUUCAUUUUCUAUGAAUGAACUGAAAAGAUGGAUUCCAAUCAAGCAAGUUGAAUCAAGGGAGUUUCAGUUUCAUUUGAGCAGAAGAGCAAGUUAAUCUUAAAUUUGGAGUUGUGCCUCUACCAAGCACAAAGAGUGGUGGAGAAGAGCUGCAUAAAUACAAAAUGAAGGAUUUCACACCGUUACAGUUCAUGAGGGAACAUACACAGAUGUUGGAAAAAACUGAAGCACAGGUCUGUGGAUUUAGUCUGGUUGAGAUUCUUCCGUUUCCGAAAUUUUCUCCUUUAAAUUAAAUCGUUAAUAACAGAAAAAUGCACCGCUUCCAACUGACUACAUUGCUUAGCUUCAGAUUGCUAAGAAGACUGGAAAGUCGUGGUUUUCGCCGUCACCAAGUGGAUCCAAGGUUUCCUCUAAAAUUGGAGUGUUUGAACAAACUGGGGGUUCAAAUGGAGUUUGCAUGUUCUCUCUGUGUGAGUUGUUUUUUUUAAGCCUCCGUCUCAACUAGAAGACAAGAUGAAGACCAAAGAUUGCACAUUAAUUAUUGGGUAGAUGAGACAGUAAUGGUCACUGUUACAUUGUUCAUAUAAAAAGAAAACAUUUCAUUUGCAUAAACAUCAUUUAUAUAAAAUAUGAGGAAAAUCCAAGAUGGUCAAAUCAUUUCUCUUUUGUUUUCACGGAAAGAUGAACAUGAAAACGAGACAAACUUUCACCCAACACAGAGAAA